AAAAUGGUUUAUACCAUCAUGGACACCAUUCACUGACGGUAAUAGCCGUAGUUCUUCAACAUUUUUAUUAUCAAGUCGGUUUCAGGUCUGUGUGUCGUAGCCGUACCAAUCUCUUUGGUGUUAAACAACUAUGUUCAAUUUUGUGUUCAAAGUCGUAAAACCAUGGAGGGCUUAAUUAGAAAGGUAGGAUAAUUUGGGUAGCUUGGGCCCAGCGGUCUUGUGUUAAUUGAAACAGACCUGCGUGAGUGUGUCGGUGCGUGCGGUGCGUUUAUCAGUGUGUUUUGAUGCGGUUCUGUAGUACAGAGACACAUGCUAAAGGAGGACCAACAUCUGGACAUCACUACGCGUGGAGCUUGUCUUCUCCUAUCACCUCUCCUGUCCACCUUCUUUUAUAAAACCCUGCGAGCCUCUGCAGAGCCGAAUCAUGAGUGAGUUAAAAGACUGCCCCCCACUCAAAUACUACGACUUCAAGCCAGUUGAGCAUGUAAAGGUGUGCCCCCGCUACACUGCUGUCCUCGGCCGCUCGGAGGACGAUGGUAUCGGUAUCGAGGAGCUGGACACUCUGCAGCUGGAGCUGGAGACGCUCCUGUCCUCUGCCAGCCGCCGCCUCAGAGCCCUGGAGGAGCAGAGACAGGUAGGACUGAUUUAGGCCAUGUAAACAUAGGAGAGAGUGGGGUAAGUUGAGCCAAAGGUUAGGUUGAGCCACCCCCUGUUGGAAAUGGUAAAAGAAAUUGAUCAUGUGACCAAAUAUUAAGGAGAUGGGCAUCAAUUCAUGGAGUCUGUGAAGGUUAGAAGCACAUGGGUGAAGGGGUUAGACAUUUAUUUACAAAAAACAUUUUUCACUCUUGAAAGUGAAUUUAGUCUGUCAUAAAUUUUAUUAGAAUUGUGUUCAGACCAAAAAAGAUCAUUUUAAAUUUGUUUUAUACAUCAAUUGUUGUAUCUAUGAGCUACAACAUGAGGUCAGAUAUCUAGCACCUAAAAGUCCACCAUUUUAGCUUAGAGGACUAAUAAAGUCAUCAUAGUAGUUCUGGGGUAAGUUGAGCCAGUGAGAAAGUAAAGGAGUCUGAUGAGAGGAUCAGAGUUUCAGUUCAGAUUGUUGAAAUGUGUUACUUUUUCUUUUCAGAAACACAGCUGUGAAUGUUCUGAAUCACUUAAAGACAUUCUCAUGUUAAAAGGACUUUUUACAAAACAGCUUUAUAGCAGUUAUAUACAAUAAUAAUAAAAAAUAUAUCUUGUACCAGUUGAAUCGCAUAUAAUAGAUAAAAAUGCACAUGAAUGUGAAAAAGUGACUGUUAUUUAGGGAGAGAGAAGGUGAGGGAGUUGUUGUUUGUCCCCUUCUCCAGUAAGAUAAAUAUCUGCUCCUCUCACUAGCAAUUUUUAGAACUCAAGAAGCUUCUUGGAUAAGAGGCAAAACGUCUUCUCAAUUCUACACAAUCCAGUUGCCUGUUUUUGGAGUCUUCAGGAUAACCAUGACCUGGAUGAAUGAGAAUCUACAUGGACAGGGCUGGGGUGGAGAGUGGGGAGUAGUAGGGAUACGGCUGAACUUACCCCGCUCCUAUGGUCAAAUUACCCCAUACACGGAGUAAGUUGACCAUAGGAGACCACUUUUUUUGUCAUGCUAUAUUAUCAAGACAGUUCUGUUUACACUCAUUCUGUUGGUUUGCGGGGUGCACAACAUCUAGAAAUAUAUAUGCAGAAACACUAGUUUGAGACAAAACUAUGAUUGCCUUGAUGUAGUGAUCUGAAAUAUGAAAAACAGCUCAUCUUACCCCACUCUCCCCUAUGUCUCUGUUUCUAUCGCCUCCCUUUUUUGUUCUCCUCCCCUCUGGUUUUAUCUGUAACUUCUGUUCUGUGCCGCUUCUAGAUCCUCACAGACUGGCAGGACAAGAAGGGAGACAAGCGCUUUCUGAAGAUGGGAAAGGACCCAGAUCCUGCUGCCUCUUCUCGCCACAAACCAAAGAAGCAGAAAUUAGAUGGUAAAGGAGGUCAUGGGCCAGGUCCAGGUCCUGGUAGACCCAAAUCCAAAAAUCUGCAGCCUAAAGUUCAAGAAUAUGAAUUUACAGAUGAUCCUCAAGACAUUCCUCGCACCCCUAAAAAUGAUGCACCCAACAGGUCAGUGACAGUAGUGCUCUAUGAUAUCUUAUUGUUUCAUGUUGAACUCGUGAACUUAUUUUAGAAUUAUUCUGUUUAUUAUCAGAGCCUGUAAAAACAAAGAAAACAUCAUUGCAUCAUGUUUUUUUUUCUCCAGAUUUUGGGCAUCGGUCGAGCCAUAUUGUGCUGACAUCACAAAUGAAGAGACACGAUUGCUAGAAGAGCUUCUGAAACCUCCAGACGAUGAAGCAGAGUAUUUCAAAGUAUGACAUAAAGGACUAUGUACAAGUUAUCAUAUCAUACCUGAUAGUGUAUUCGUGUAAUAAGAAAGUGUAUUAUGGAGUGUGUUGAGCUUUAAUGCUCUAUGUGUUGACUGCAGAUACCAGCGCUGGGUAAACACUACUCUCAGCGGUGGGCUCAGGAGGAUCUGCUGGAGGAGCAGAGGGAGGGAGCACGAGCCAACGACAAGAAGAAAAGCCUGAUGGGGGGGCCGCUGUCUGAGCUGGAUGCAAAAGGUGGAGGGAGACUGAAGCUUUGACUUGAUGUGAUAACUUAUGUGCUCGUAAGCCCUUAGUUUCAACAUGCUAGAUGGUAUGAUAAUAAGUUUUCUACUUUUUCUACUCUUCUCCAUGCUGACUGCUUUAGACGUGGAUUCCCUGUUGAAAAAGUCUGAGUCCCAACAUGAGUCCCCAGAAGAUGGAUGUCCGUUCGGUCCCCUCACCCAGCGUCUGCUCCAAGCCCUUGUAGAGGUCAGUUUGUAAUCAAUAUAAUAGGUUAUGACAGAGAUGUACUAUCCAAAAUUUUUGCGUUUAAACAUUUUGAAGACACUAAAAUAUGACAUUAAUUUACAACUUUUUUUCUGGUUUCUUAAAGGAGAACAUUAUAUCCCCCAUGGAGGAUUCUCCCAUACCGGACAUCUCAGGGAAGGAUGCUAAUGAUGGAGCAGGAACUUCUCCUCGAAGCCAAGGAAAAGCCUUCAGGUAUUAGUGCGACACCUGUUGAAUGUGUGAGAUCGGACACCGCUGUUGGUUCUGUUUCUGAGAUUCAGUCGAAGCAUAUGUUUGGCCUGUGUUUGACCUGCUUAUACAAGACUGCUUCCGUCUUUUGAUCACACAUCAAUUUUAGUCAUGGCACCCAAAUAACUUGUGUGUUAUGUUUGAUGAUGUUCAUGCCCGUAUGAGAACCCUGUGAACAGAAGCAGGUAUAUAUCUCUCUCACCUGAACAAAAGACUGUAAAUAAUGAGAUCGAUAUUUGAAAAUCAACUCCUGUGUUGAAGUUGACAUCAGCAUGGACCCUGAUGUAUCUAGAAGUCACUUAGACUAAGGGGACACCGCUUUUCUAUGUAUGGCCACAGUUUUUGUGCUGACUUCAGUUUAUCCAUAUUUUGUGCUCGGUUAUUUUAGGUAACACGUUGACGUUCUUGCUUUUCUUUUCCAAAUACUUUUAAUAUUCUAUCUUUCCCCUACCCCACACAGUGUUCCUCACACACGCUCUCUGGAGGCAAGGAUCAAAGAGGAGCUGGUAGCUCAGGGGCUGCUGGACUCAGAGGAGCGGCCUGGACCCGGAGGAGACUCAGAAGAUGAGGUCCUGGCAGAGCUGCAGAAGAGACAGGCUGAGCUCAAAGCUCUGAGUGCUCACAACAGAGCCCGUAAACAAGAGCUGCUCAGGUGAGGACAGAUCGAACAGAUACGCUGUGCUCUAAAAGAGAGACAGAACUUCAAAGUCUGAUACGUGAUAAUCUGCUGACUUUGAUUUUGCUGAUGCCUCACAGGUUGGCCAAAGAGGAGAUGCGUAAGCAGGAGCUGAGGCAGAGAGUCAGGGUGUCUGACAAUGAGGUCAUGGAGGGAUUUCGACGAAUCAUGGCAGCUCGGCAAAAGAAACGCACCCCAACCAAGAAGGAGAAGGACCAGGCCUGGAAAGCUCUGAAGGAGAGGGAAAGCAUCCUGAAGUUACUUGAUGGAUAAAAAAAUGUUUUUGCUUUAUUUCCUUCUUUAUUAAAAGACAGGUUGAUACAGAUUAGGGCAGCUGUGACAGCUGUUACAUGGUCGGCUGUAACUGUGAGGAUGUGUGAUACAGUUUAAUGCAACUCUGCAUGAUUUGAGUAGUGACGUUUUAUAGUAGUUUUAUGUUGCAGAUGCUUAUUUGAUCAGUAGUUAUAAAGACGUAUCAGACUUCUCUUCUUUUGUUGAUUUGUUGUUCUUUGUCAUUUGUAUAUUUGUUUUUUAUUUGUUUACAACAGUAAAGGUAACUCAACAGUACACAUAAAUUUGUGCUUCAGUGCCAGUCAGUUCAAAGUUUUUCUUUGUGUAUAAAAUGCUCAGUGCAAAGGCAGUGUGUCUCUGAA